AUCGUCAACAUGUCAACUACAUUCUCAUCUCUCCCUAUCGUUGACCUUGCCCCUCUUCGGAAACCAGAAGGGCUGUCAGACUCUGAUCAAGUAACCCUCAGCACCAAACUGUACAAUGUCUUUGCUACAACAGGUUUUGCAUACCUAGUAAAUACACCAUUGACAUUCAAACAUGCUGAUGUCUUUGAUCUUGCGCUGGAAUUUUUUAAUCUUCCACUUGAGAAGAAGAUGAAUUUGGCCAAGAGGACAUUCAAACCGGAGAAUCUGAAUACCUAUAGAGGAUACUUCCCCGUUCAGCCGAAUGAUGCAUCGGACAACCUCAAAGAAGGAUUCGAAAUAGGUCCUCCGCAAGCAAUUCACUCAAUGCCUGCGAACCCGGCUUCCCGAUUCAACCUCACAGAACCCAACGUCUGGCCGGACGAAAACACAUAUCCAUCACGAUCCCGUCUAGAACAGCUCUAUAUCGAACUGCAAUCCCUCUCCUCCACCAUCUUAUCCCUCCUCGCCUCCUCGCUCGACAAACCAGCCGACUUCUUCACUCCAUACCUAACCGACUCCCUCAGCACAUUACGUCUACUCCAUUAUCCCCCAUCCCCUUCAAACACCACGGACACCCCCAUCGACAUCGAUACAUCAACACCACCCCCAGAACCCUCCGACCCCGUCAAAUUAAGCUGCACCCCCCACACAGACAGCGGAAUCCUCACCCUCCUCCACCAAGAUUCCACUGGCGGUCUCGAAGUCCAAGAUUCAUCUGGCAAAUGGGUUCCGGCCCCUUAUGUCCCAGAAUCGGUUGUCGUGAACAUUGGCGAUUUAAUGGCCAAGGUUUCUGGUGGGAGGUUCGUGGCUACUAUGCAUCGUGUGCGAGCUCCUCCUCCUUCUCCCUUCUCAAUGAAGCAGCAUGGGUUGCAUAGUGAGGAUGAAGAUGGAGACGCAAAGUUUGGACGAUUCAGCGCCCCAUUCUUCUUUGAACCCGGCGAGAAUUGUCUCGUGCACUCUGUGGAUACCGAUCCAAGCAAAGGUGUGCUUUAUGGUAAUCAUGUUCUCACGAAAAUGGAGGGUUUUGUGGAGUAUAAGAGUUGA